UUGGCGCUGAACUAUCCGGGCAUCUUAUUCCUUCUUCCUUUCGCGCCGGUAGCAGGAGAACCGCGCGUCCAUGUGCGCAUUGCCUAGGAUUUCAUAGCUCUUGUAACAGUUAACCUGCUGAAUCCGAUCCACAGCACAGCCUUUGAUAUGGAUCCUAACGCCUUGAUCGAGGCCCUUCGGGGCACUAUGGACCCGAAUCUCCGGGAAGCCGCGGAGAGGCAGCUGAAUGAGGGUCACACACAAGUGAACUUCGUGUCCACGCUGCUCCAGGUCACCAUGUCAGACCAGCUGGACCUUCCCGUCAGACAAGCAGGUGUAAUCUAUCUAAAGAACAUGGUGACUCAGUACUGGAGUGAGGCCGAGGGGACAGAGACUCCGGGCAGCAACAUUCCGGAGGAAGAUCGCCAGUUCAUCCGAGACAACAUAAUAGAAGCCAUCAUCCACUCGCCGGAGAGGAUACGGGUGCAGCUGACGACCUGCAUCCAUCACAUGAUCAAGCAGGACUACCCUGGCAAGUGGACGGCCAUCGUGGACAAGAUCGCCUUCUACCUGCAGUCUGACAACAGCAGCGCGUGGCUGGGCAUCCUUCUGUGUCUCUACCAGCUGGUCAAGAACUACGAGUAUAAGAAGCCAGAGGAAAGGCAGCCCCUGGUGGCGGCCAUGCAGAUCUUCAUGCCCAUGCUUCGAGAGCGCUUUAUUCAGCUCCUGCCAGACGCCUCCAGUGACUCCGUUCUCAUCCAGAAACAGAUCUUUAAGAUCCUCUACGCCCUGUUCCAGUAUAACCUGCCUCUGGAGCUUAUUAACAGACAGACUCUGACGGACUGGAUGGAGAUUCUGAAGACCGUGGUGGACAGAGACGUUCCUCCAGAGACUCUUCAGGUGGAGGAGGAGGAGAGACAGGAGCUGCCCUGGUGGAAAUGUAAGAAAUGGGCUCUGCACAUCCUGGCCCGUCUGUUUGAGAGGUACGGUAGCCCUGGAAACACCACCAAAGAAUAUGGCGAGUUUGCAGAGCUGUUCCUGAAGGGUUAUGCCGUGGCUGCGCAGCAGGUCCUGUUGAAGGUCUUGUACCAGUAUAAGGAGCAGCACUAUGUAGCUCCACGGGUUCUGCAGCAGACGCUCAACUACAUCAACCAGGGCAUUGCUCAUGCCGUCACCUGGAAAAACCUCAAGCCACACAUACAGGGCAUCAUCCAAGACGUGGUGUUCCCGCUCAUGUGCUACACAGACAGUGAUGAAGAGCUGUGGCAAGAAGACCCUUAUGAGUAUAUCCGUAUGAAGUUUGACGUGUUUGAGGAUUUCAUCUCCCCCACUACAGCAGCACAGACUUUGCUGUUCACCGCCUGCAACAAGAGGAAGGAAGUGCUGCAGAAGACGAUGGGUUUCUGUUAUCAGAUCUUGACGGAUCCUGCCACUGACCCCCGCAAGAAGGACGGAGCUCUACACAUGAUCGGCUCACUGGCAGAGAUCCUGCUCAAGAAAAAGGUCUAUAAGGAUCAGAUGGAGUUCAUGCUGCAGAACCACGUGUUCCCCCUGUUCCGCAGUGAGCUGGGAUACAUGAGGGCCAGGGCGUGCUGGGUGCUGCACUACUUCUGUGAGGUGAAGUUUAAGAGCGACCAGAACCUGCAGACGGCGCUGGAGCUCACCAGACUCUGCCUCAUCAACGACAACCAGAUGCCCGUCAAGGUGGAGGCGGCCAUCGCACUACAGGUCCUCAUCAGCAACCAGGAGAAAGCUAAGGAGUACAUCACGCCGUUCAUUCGGCCGGUGAUGCAGGCUCUUCUGCACAUCGUCAGGGAGACGGAAACUGAUGACCUCACCAGCGUGAUCCAGAAGAUGAUCUGUGAAUACAGCGAGGAGGUGACGCCCAUCGCCGUGGAGAUGACCCAGCACCUGGCCAUGACCUUCAACCAGGUCAUCCAGACGGGCCCAGACGAGGAGGGAGGAGACGACAAGGCCGUCACGGCGAUGGGCAUCCUCAACACCAUCGACACACUGCUCAGCGUGGUGGAGGACCACAAGGAGAUCACGCAGCAGCUGGAGGGUAUCUGUCUUCAGGUGAUUGGAACAGUCCUGCAGCAGCAUGUCCUGGAGUUCUAUGAAGAGAUCCUGUCCCUGGCGCAUUCUCUUACCUGCCAGCAGGUGUCGCCACAGAUGUGGCAGCUGCUGCCUCUUGUCUUUGAGGUCUUCCAGCAGGACGGCUUUGACUACUUCACAGACAUGAUGCCUCUGCUUCACAACUAUAUUACCGUGGAUACGGACACUCUCUUAUCAGACACCAAAUACCUGGAGAUCAUUUACAGCAUGUGCAAGAAGGUCCUGAUGGGCGAGGCGGGGGAAGACCCAGAAUGCCAUGCUGUCAAGCUCUUGGAGGUGAUCAUCCUGCAGUGCAAAGGGCGUGGCAUCGACCAGGUGGUGCCGCUGUUUGUGGCGUCCGCUCUGGAGCGCCUGACGCGGGAGGUGAAGACCAGCGAGUUGAGGACCAUGUGUCUGCAGGUUGCCAUAGCAGCACUUUACUACUCUCCACCCCUCCUCCUCAACACACUGGAGAAUCUCCGCCUCCCCAACCACACCCAGCCAAUCACAAACCACUUCAUCUCUCAGUGGCUUAAGGAUGUAGACUGCUUUCUGGGGCUCCACGACCGUAAGAUGUGUGUGUUAGGCCUGUGUGCACUGAUGGACAUGGAGCAGCGGCCCCAAGCGGUCAGCCAGGCGGUCGGCCAGCUGUUGCCGGCGGCGAUCCUGCUGUUUAAUGGGCUGAAGAGAGCGUACACCUGCCGCGCUGAACACGAGAACCAGGACGACGACGAUGACGAGGAGGGAGAAGAAGACGAGGAUAACGGUAUGAAAGCGGAGCUGGGCAGCGAUGAGGAUGAUAUAGAUGAUGAAGGCCAGGAGUAUCUGGAGAUGCUAGCGAAGCACGCAGGGGAGGACGGAGAUGAUGAAGACUGGGAGGAAGAUGAUGCUGAGGAAACUGCACUAGAGGGAUACACCACCGCCGUGGACGACGAAGACAACAACGUGGACGAGUACCAGAUCUUCAAAGCCAUCUUACAGAAUCUUCAAACACGAGACCCUGCAUGGUACCAGGCCUUGACUCAGACGCUGGAUGAGGACCAGACCAAAACCCUGCAGGACGUCAUCACACUGGCUGACCAGAGACGUGCCGCUCACGAGUCCCGGAUGAUUGAGAAGCACGGUGGCUACAAGUUCAACGUUCCUGUGGUCCCCUCCAACUUCAAUUUUGGCGGGACGGCCCCCGGGAUGAACUGAGUCCCUACCCCCCCCUCCCUUCCCCCCCCCUUUCUAACUCUGUGACUGAUUGUAGUGAAGUGAAAAGCUUGUGUUGUUCCCGAUCUGGCUCGGCUCACUCUUCAAUCUGACUAUCAAAUUGGACAUAGCACCAGAAGACGUGGGAGGACAACAAACGCAACCAACGGCUGGGACAGACUAAAGGGCAACACCCCGAACACACUCGAGACUUGAACACACUUGACCCCCGAACACAAACUCGAGACUCGACUCUGCUCUGGACGACGCUUUCCCCCAUAGGAACCAGCCUUCUGGCGACCAAUGGCGGCAGCUCUACGGUCUUCCCACUCCCCUCCAUGGGACUAAAUAGGAUCUGACUCUCCCCCCCCUCCACCCUGGAGCUGCUGGAGACACUCCCGCAGCGCUUUAGUUUUUUCUACAUCACCCAGUCUCAUAUCUCGUUGUAAAUAGAAGCCGCCCGGGUAUCCAUGGCGACGCUCACGUUUGGUGCGCGCUCAGCUCAGCUCUAGCGAAGGAGGCACUAUGUGAAGCCGGAUCUGAUCUGUGUAAAUUCAUGACUAGCACUUUCCUAUUGUUCAGGUCUCUUAGUCUCCUGGCGCAGACUGCAGCUGGUUUUUAACCGAUUGAAACUAUUUAAACAGACGUGAGGUGAGGUGAGGUGAUCGGAGCGGAGCUGAGCCCGGGGGCGAGCCGAGGUCUCGUCCGUGCUACCAGGGGGUGCAGGGUUCUAAACACGAGGCUGACGUUCUGCGGAGAGCCGACAGUGCCGGGGGCUGGAGCUCAUGGGUUCUUCAUUGAAGCAUGUACUGUUGGACUUGAUUGUGAAGCUCUCAAGCUUUUGGUUGAUGUAUGGAUGAACCAUCUAUAUAUACAACGUAUUAAAACAUUACGCUGGA